AUGAUGCUAGAGGCACAAGACGAGGAUGCCCUUCAAACUCCAGAUAAGCAUUAUCACACCUAUCCGACACCAGUGCUGCCCGCUUCGUAUUUUAUUGACAAUUUGGGAAAACCUAUAGAGGUCAUAACUUUACUCAAGGAUCCUCGAUUACGACGAGUUCUUUUCGAAAAUCACUGCUUCGGUCAAAACUCGCGCACGGCCAAGGAGAGUGCAAACAUCCGUUGUUCCGUGCCUGCAUCAUCCUCAUCUCCUCCACCAUCAGCAGCUGCUUUGGAAGAAAAAGUUAAAAGAGCCAAAAUUUUGUUGGAACAGAAGAAAAAGGCUGAUGAGGAAGCGAAAAUAGAGGAGGAAAAACGCCGUGAACUGGAAAGAAUCAAUGCUGGAAAGCUUAUGCAAGAAGCACAGCAGAAACGUCAUGAACAGGAGCUCAUUGAAGCAGCAGCACAGCGUCGUCGCGACAAAAUCGAAGCUGAGAAGGAGCGGGAGCGGCUUAAGGCUCAGAUCAAGGCAGAUCGAGAGGAACGUGAGUUUCGAGAACGUCGAGGAAGACCUGUGGAUGCGUCAGCUGGCGAUAUGCCGAAGCAGCCAGAACCGCCAAAAAUGGAACCUGUGCCCAGUGACAGGUGUCGCGUCCAGGUUCGUCUCCCCGAUGGCGACAACAUUGUAGAAGAGUUUGCAUCUAGCGACUGCCUAAGUGUAUUGGUGGAUCUUAUAAGACAGGAUGGACGUGUCAGCGGUGCAUUCUCCAUUGCACAGGUAUAUCCACGAAAAGUAUUCACUGGUGAUGAAAUGCAGAAGUCAUUCCUUGAUUUGUGUUUAACGCCCAACUGCACUCUUCUCGUAAUCCAGUCACGGCCAAAAUCGUCUCAGAUUAUUUCUGCUAAUCCGUUGCGCGGAAUUCUUUCACUAUUAUCAAUGCUAGUUCUUGCACCGUUACAAUACUUCUACAAUACUGUUUCUGGUUGGCUAGGAUGGAAUUCAGGUAUGGAAUCUUUCAAAAAUUUUCAGCGAGGUAACACGAGCAGACUUCAUAAUACUAAUGAUGACAGUGAUGAGGAUAAUGCGAACUGGAACGAAAUAUGUACCAGAAGUAGAAGAAAUCGGAAAGAUUGUUCUAUCAUGAUAAUAAACGGUGGUUUAUCGAAUUGUGUCCCCCCCCCUUUCUUGUUUCACGCAAUAUUCCUAGUCCUUGACUACGAUAAAAAAAUCCAGAGGUUUGUGUCCAGAUGUUUACCUGUGAUGAUAGCUACCAUGUUUGUGUGA